AUGGUUCCAUGUGCUACUAUGUAUGAAUUAGAAAAACAAUUCCAAGCCAUUUACACCAUCAAUAAGUUCAAGGAGUUUCAAUCUCAAUUCACAGGUAUGGUUUACUGUGAGAUUAUAUCCAAUGAGGAUGGAUGUGAGAAACUUUUACGGGGACAUAAACACAUAGUUCAGGAGGAUGUCAUUUGCAAUGGAAGAAAAUAUAAAAAAAUCUACAUCGUUCAAACUCAAAAGGAAUCGGGAAACUUUGUUUGUAGCUGUCAUUUAUUUGAGUUUCGAGGGAUAAUUUGCAAACAUGCUAUCACAGUUUUGAUUCGCAAUGAUGUGACGUCCGUUCCUGACAUGUAUAUAUUGAGGAGGUGGAGGAGAGCGGUGGCCGACAAGGUGGCGAAUGAUGAUGUGAGAGCAGGUAAGCUUAUGGAGUGGAUCGAGUCUGUAUCUCCUGAUUUGGAUUCAACGAAUAUGGAUCAAAAAAGUGAAGGAAAAUCUGAUUUGCACCAAAUUAAUGGAGGAGUGGAUAAAAUUUUGGGACUGAAAAUUUCUGAUCUAAACCAUGUGAAAAGAAAAGGAGCUCCUCGAAAAUUACGUCAAAAGGGGGCACUGGAAAAAAUUUAUAAGAAAUUAAAGGUCUCGUCAAAACAAAAAAAUAAGGAAGCCUCUAAAUCACAUGAAAGUGCCACAUAUAUUCAACCAAUG